GCGGAUAUAGUGAAUGCGGGGUCCUGGGAGAGCGGAUAUAGUGAAUGCGGGGUCCGGGGAGAGCGGAUAUAGUGAAUGCGGGGUCCGGGAGAGCGGAUAUAGUGAAUGCGGGGUCCGGGGAGAGCGGAUAUAGUGAAUGCAGGGUCCCGGGGAGAGCGGAUAUAGUGAAUGCAGGGUCCAGGGAGAGCGGAUAUAGUGAAUGCAGGGUCCGGGGAGAGCGGAUAUAGUGAAUGCAGGGUCCGGGGAGACCGGAUAUAGUGAAUGCGGGGUCCUGGGAGAGCAGAUAUAGUGAAUGCAGGGUCCGGGGAGAGCGGAUAUAGUGAAUGCGGGGUCCGGGGAGA